UCAAUAAUGUCCCAUGCCUCUGAACAGCCUGGUGCUCAAACUUGGACGCGGACUGAAAAUAAUGUUGUUUCCCGCGGGGGCGAGCGUUCCGGUCACCGAAAGCGAGCCUCGGGACUCGUGUUUGAGUUUGUAAAAUUGUUUUAAGGACUCUGAAUAACUCAUCGGCUUGUUUUUGGACUCUUGCUGAUAAUGGUAAGCAGUAGCUGAGUGUUUUGAUCCCGGUCAGUGACAGCCUGCAGACGGCAGGGAGAGCUGUGCGGCGAUCACGCUGUACUUGAUUAUGAGCGCUCGCAAGAAGUGAAGAGAAUCUGGGAGCUGAUUUCUUGCUGGGACGACAAUACUUUUAACACAGUGUGUGGCAGAUCAAAGCCAGAGGAGCCAUGGAGGCCUCACAGGACCUCAGCGAACAGAUGGUAAAGAAAUCACACAGUGAAUCUCAUGUUCCAGACCCUUCAGACGUCAGGUCUAUGGAAAUGCAGGACCUAGCCAGUCCUCAUAACCGAGUGGGAGGUGGAGAUUCGACAGGCUCCAAGCUGGACAAGAACAACCUUGGCAGCCCAUCUAUCACCACCAAUGGAACAGGAGGUGAAAGCAUGACCGUUCUUAACACGGCUGAUUGGCUGUUGGGCUGCAGCAGCCCAUCCCCUGCCACAGGCUCCAAGGAAUAUGUGAAAACAGAGCCGUUGAACAACAGCGAUACAGUUACUACGACAGGGGACACAGCCCUGGAUACAUACGCAGGCUCAGUAAUCACCAGCAGCGGGUACAGCCCUCGUUCAGCCCACCAGUACUCCCCCCCUCUCUACCCAUCCAAGCCCUACCCUCACAUCCUCUCCACGCCGGCAGCUCCUUCCAUGCCGACGUACACCGGCCAACCUCAGUUCAGCAGCAUGCAGCAAUCAACCGUCUAUACUGCUUAUUCUCAGACAGGCCAGGCCUACGGAUUGUCUACCUAUGACCUCGGUGUGAUGCUUCCCGGCAUAAAAACAGAAAGCGGCCUAGCCCAGAGUCAGUCUCCUCUGCAGACAGGCCUCAGCUACAGCCCCGGCUUUACCACACCUCAGCCUGGACAGACUGCCUACUCCCCCUAUCCAAUGCCAGGUUCCAGUUUCACUCCUUCCUCAGGCCUCUACACCACCAACAACUCUGUGUCCAACCCCGCCAACUACACUGCCACACAGCAGGAUUAUCCCUCAUAUACGACGUUUGGCCAAAACCAGUACGCUCAGUAUUAUUCCACCUCCCCUUACGGGACGUACAUGACCUCCAACAACGUGGAUGGCACCGGUUCCACAGCAGCCUACCAGCUGCAAGAUCCCACCCCCGCCAUAACCGGACAGGCCGCUGAACUUCACCCAGGGGACUUUGAUACAGUGCAGAGCCCUUCCACACCCAUCAAAGAGCUGGAUGACAGAGCCUGCCGGAGUGGGGGGUCUAAGUCUCGGGGCAGGGGCCGCAAGAACAACCCCUCCCCUCCUCCCGAUAGUGACCUGGAGAGGGUGUUUGUUUGGGAUCUGGAUGAGACGAUUAUUGUCUUCCAUUCUUUGCUCACAGGCUCCUAUGCACAAAAAUAUGGCAAGGACCCUCCCAUGGCGGUAACACUGGGUCUGAGGAUGGAAGAGAUGAUCUUCAACUUGGCUGACACACACUUAUUUUUUAAUGACCUGGAGGAAUGUGAUCAGGUGCAUAUUGAUGAUGUGUCAUCAGAUGACAAUGGCCAGGACUUAAGUACUUACAGUUUUGCAACUGAUGGCUUCCAUGCAGCUGCAACCAGCGCAAACCUGUGCCUGGCUACGGGCGUCCGCGGCGGAGUCGACUGGAUGAGGAAACUGGCCUUCCGCUACCGACGAGUCAAAGAGUUGUAUAGCACGUACAAAAACAAUGUGGGGGGUCUGCUGGGUCCUGCUAAGAGAGAUGCCUGGCUGCAGCUCAGAGCUGAGGUGGAAGCUCUGACUGAUUCCUGGCUCACCCACGCACUCAAGUCCCUGUCCAUAAUCAGCUCCAGGAGUAACUGUGUAAAUGUGUUGGUGACCACAACACAGCUCAUACCAGCGCUGGCCAAAGUUCUCUUAUAUAGUCUGGGAUCUGUUUUUCCUAUUGAGAACAUUUACAGUGCAACAAAAAUAGGCAAAGAGAGCUGUUUUGAGCGUAUAGUCUCCCGCUUUGGCACAAACAUUACAUAUGUUGUGAUUGGCGAUGGAAAGGAUGAAGAGCAUGCCGCCAGCCAGCACAACAUGCCUUUCUGGAGGAUAUCAAGUCACUCUGACCUGCUGGCAUUACACCAAGCACUGGAGUUUGAGUACCUGUAACUGUUAUAGCAAUAUGGACUCAUUGCAUUGUCACAUGGACACGGUCAGCCAGGCAGCCCCUUUCUUUUGUAUAACUAUUUAAGAACACACGACACUGCAAGUGUUUCUGUGAUUACUUUCGUUUCCUGUCUUGUUUUUUGAAUGUCUGGAUUUACAAACUCGUAAUGGUCUUAAGAGGUUAAAGGAGGUAAAGAAGAGGAAAGUGGGAUUAGGAAAAGGCUAUCCGACAUCCUUGCUCAGCCCCGCUGGUCCUGAUUCUGGGGACAGACCUCUGAAAAUCCAGUCUGCUGUUCUUGCAGCUGUAGCAGGCUAAAACUGUCAAGGCUUAAGACCUUCCUUGGACUGGGAGGAUAUUUUUUUUCCCUUGAGAUCUAGUUUGUGGUCAGAGCACCCAGGUGGAAAUGAGGACUUGCGGCAUCACUUGGGGGGUAAAGAUCAUUGGCUAUGCAUUAAUUUGAAGGCUUCUCUGUACAGACCAUAUCAUGUAUACUGGGAUAACAGCUUUUUUUGUAAGGGUUUUGUUCCCGGUGGUAUAAUAAUCACGACAAAAGAAUGCAGUCUGUGGUAGAAAUUUGUGUAAAUUAUUUACAAUAAACUUACAUGACAGUGGUAGGGUUUUGGGGUUGUUUUUCUUUUUCUUUUUGGUCAAAUAAUUGGAAAUUUUGAGGCUCUUUUGUUUUUUCCUUCUGGUUUUUGUAUUUUGUUUUCUUUCUGGUGGGUGGGGCUUGAAGAUGUGCGUCAUGAUGUGUUGUGCCUUAAUGUGUUUGAAUGUCUUUUCUUUAUUCAGAAAUGUCUAUGUAUGUAGAUAUAAAGGAGAAAACUUA